ACUUUUGAAAUAUUAUUAGUAAUCUUAUCGGAUAUAGUUGAAACGUGAGAUGUUUUCUUAUUGUUCAAAACAGAUCUCGAAUGAGAAGAUUUAAAAUUUCUUGACUGAGUUUUAACAGAAUUUUCUGAUAUAUUUGGAAGUCCCUUGUUACUGGUACAAUACAAUUUUGCGAAAGAAUUGUUAAUAGUAUUUAAGGAUGCUUUUUUAGAAGCUGCAACAUUUUUUACACAUUGCUCUUUCAUAUUCAUCAUCGACGAACGAAUAUCUCUGAAGUUGCGAUCAUUUUUUUUAACAUUUGAAUUCUCAUUUAUAUCAGAAAAUGUUAAGAGAGAUGGAAAACGAAUAGUCGAUGAUGAUUCUCUUUCUAAAUUUGAACUUUCUAUAGGUUUUUCAAUAUGCAUGCGAUUGUUCACACGCGCAAUGCAGGACCAAAUUUUAUUUAGUGAAAUAUAUGGCAACGAGGAAGAUAAUAUAUAUGUUAGAUCAAAAGAUCGCUCGUCGAUAAUUAAUUUACAAACUGGCUCGAAAAAUGCAAAGUCCUUAUUAUCUGGAAUUUUGUCGAUUAUCAAAGACGUUUUUUUACCUCAAGGAUUUCCUGACAGUGUUCAUCCUGAUUACAUUCCUUAUCAAAUAUGGGAUACAGUGCAGGCAUUUGCAAGUACCAUAAUGGGUACUCUCACAACUCAUUCAAUUAUGCAAGGAGUAGGUGUUGGAGAAUCUACUGCGACACCUUUAGCUGCAGCAAUAACUUGGAUUUUAAAAGAUGGAACUGGUAUGGUCGGGCGCAUAAUUUUUGCAUGGUGGAACGGGACUGACCUAGAUGGACAAUGUAAAAAAUGGAGAUUGUUUGCGGAUAUUCUUAAUGAUGUGGCAAUGGGCAUGGAAUUACUAAUACCUUAUUUCUCAGCUCAUUCAAUGGCCAUAUUGUGUGCUUCAACCGCAAUGAAGUCUAUUGUUGGUGUAGCCGGUGGUGCAACCAGAGCUGCAUUAACGCAACAUCAGGCCUUACAAAACAAUUUGGCAGAUGUAUCAGCUAAAGAUGGAAGUCAAGAAACCUGUGUUAAUCUUGUUGCAUCUUUUGUUGGAAUUUUCAUACUGUCGUACAUUUAUGAUGGACGAUAUUUAUUAGAAUUAUAUGUCUUCUUGGUGGCAGUGCAUUUAUAUGCCAAUUAUUCAGCAGUUAAAGCUUUACGGUUAAACACAUUAAAUGAAGAUCGUCUUGCUUUGUUAGUUAAAUAUUAUCUUAUUCAUGAAACCGUUCUUGAUGCGGCAGAAAUUAAUAAAAAAGAAUCUGUUUUCCUUUUGGGGAAACCUACAAAAGAUAUAUGUGGUUUUCAUAUAAAAUUAGGAGUAUCACUUUCAUAUAUUUUUAAAAGAAAUGGCAAUGAUACAUUGGAAGAUUUUCUAAAAGAUUUUCAACAUAAAGAAUAUUUAAUAUUUGUGGAUAUUAAGGAAAAAAUUAUUUUUGUGGUACUAAAAAAAAACAUAGAACAGAAUGAAAUAUUAAAAGCAUACUUUCAUGCUUGCCUUUGUGGCAUAUUAACAAGUAUGACACAACGACUUCCAAUUGAAUUGUUAUUAACGACUGAAACAUAUAAACCUUCAUUUCCUUUAAUACGUAUAUAUCUUCUUUCUAAGAAAUAUCAUAGCUCUUUUUCAUCCAUAGAAACUACCUUUUAUGAUACAAAUACUAUUAUUGAAAAAGAGUAUCAAACCUUUGUAAAACAUUUAGAUGACAAAGGAUGGAAUUUGAAGAUUAAUCUUUUACCCAUGAAUUCAUGGAGAUGUGUAUGGAAAAAAUCCCAAAAAUAAAGAUCAAGAGAGAGAGAGAGAGAGAGAGAGAGAGAGAGAGAGAGAGAGAGAGAGAGAGAGAGAGAGAGAGAGAGAGAGAGAGAGAGAGAAAGAGAGAAAGAGAGAGAGUAAACUUUAUUUCUAGCAUUUUAUAAAAAUAUGACACACCUUUUUUUAAAUCUGUACAGUAGUCUUAGAAAAUUUGAACUAAGACUCUUGUUCCUGUUUUGGACCAGUUUGUGAUAAAUGUUUCACUAUAUCGACCCAAUCCCACCCUCGUGGUCUCUCUCCUUUUCCAUCUGCUUUAUUCCAUUGUCUACGUUUUUGAGCUUUGCUUAGUUGUUCUUUCUUUGGCCUUUUUACAGCUUCUUCCGCCUUUACGAUAAAGAAAUUUUUAAUUCUUAUAUAUUUCUUUGUUACAAUGUAACAGAAUAUUAAAUACAUAUUUUUUUCAUUUA